AUGCGGGCACUGCUGGUUCUGAGUGUCCUGCUGGGGGCUGUCUUUGGCAAAGAGGAUUUUGUGGGGCACCAGGUGCUCCGAAUCUCUGCGGCCGAUGAAGCGCAGGUUCAGAAGGUGAAGGAGUUGGAGGACCUGGAGCACCUGCAGCUGGAUUUCUGGCGGGGCCCUUCCCAGCCUGGCUCCCCCAUCGACGUCCGAGUGCCCUUCCACAGCCUCCAGGCUUUCAAAGUCUUCCUGGAGGCCCAUGGCAUCAGCUAUAAGACCAUGAUUGAGGACGUGCAGUCGCUGCUGGAUGAGGAGCAGGAACAGAUGGUUGCUGCCCAGGCCCGGGCCCUGGCCCUCUCCACUGACACCUUUAACUACGCAGCCUACCACACCCUGGAAGAGAUCUAUAAUUUCAUGGACACACUGGUGGCUGAGCACCCAAGACUGGUCAGCAAGAUCCCCAUUGGCAAGAGCUUUGAAGGUCGUGACAUUUACGUGUUGAAGUUCAGCACCGGAGGGACCAAGCGUCCAGCCAUCUGGAUCGACACCGGCAUUCAUUCCCGGGAGUGGGUCACCCAGGCCAGUGGGGUCUGGUUUGCAAAGAAGAUCACACAAGACUAUGGGCAGGACUCUGCUUUCACCAAAAUCCUUGACACCAUGGACAUCUUUCUGGAGAUCGUCACUAACCCUGACGGUUUUGCCUUCACCCAUAGCAAGAACCGCAUGUGGCGUAAGACUCGUUCCACCACGCCAGGCUCCCUCUGUGUUGGAGUGGACCCCAACAGGAACUGGGACGCGGGCUUUGGGAUGGCUGGAGCCAGCAGCAACCCUUGCUCAGAAACUUACCACGGCAAGUUUGCCAAUUCUGAAGUGGAGGUCAAGUCCAUCGUGGACUUUGUGAAGGACCAUGGGAACAUCAAGGCCUUCAUCUCCAUCCACAGCUACUCCCAGCUUCUCCUCUAUCCCUAUGGCUACAAGACAGAGCCAGCCCCCGACCAGGCUGAGUUGGAUGAGCUGUCCAAGGCUGCUGUGACGACCCUGGCCUCUCUGUAUGGGACCAAGUUCAAGUAUGGCAGCAUUAUCAAAGCAAUUUAUCAAGCCAGUGGAAGCACCAUUGACUGGACCUACAGCCAGGGCAUCAAGUACUCUUUCACCUUUGAGCUCCGGGAUACCGGGCGCUAUGGCUUCCUGUUGCCGGCCUCCCAGAUUGUCCCCACGGCCCAGGAGACAUGGCUGGCACUACUGACCAUCAUGGAGCAUACCCUGAAUCACCCCUAUUGAACUGGUCCUUUGGCACCGUCCUCUUCUGCUCCACCCAGACAACUAAAUAAAGUUUGAGUGUACAAGGAAUAGAACCUUGG